UCAUAUCCCACAGUGCCGUCAUCAUGGGGGCACCUACUGUUCUUCUCACGUCGUUGCUGCUGCUUCUUCCUGCCUUUUCAUGGUGCCAACUGCAUACUCUCAUAGCUCCAAAUGUAUUCAGAGUGGAAAGCGAGGAAAAAGUUAUAGUCGAAGCUCAUGAAUACAAAAAACCACUUAAAGUUGAUAUACUUCUCCACGACUUCCCACAUAAAAAACUACUAUAUUAUCAAACAGAAGUUACACUGAACAAAGCAAACAAUUUUCUCGCUGAAGCCACAGUGAGGAUACCUGCGAAUCGUAUUGAACAAGACCUGAAACAAAAGCAGUUUGUAUUGUUAACAGCAAAAUCUGAUGUGGCAACCCUGGAGAAACCAAUAUUGGUAUCAUUUCAAUCUGGAUACAUUUUUAUUCAGACUGACAAGCCCCUUUACAUUCCCACAGAUAAAGUGUCUUACCGUCUGUUUACAGUGGACCAUCAAUUAGUCCCUAGCAAUGCAACUGUCUCUAUUGAUUUUGUGAAUCCGGAUGACAUUGUAGUGAAGAGAGAUGUGAAGCAUGUCAAAGAAAACUCUGGGAUCAUUUCUGACACUUUCAGCAUUCCUGGAAUUGUGAAUCUUGGAGUCUGGAAAAUAGUUGCAAUUUAUAAAGAUGCACCUCAAAAGAAUUUCUCUACUGAAUUUGAAGUGAAAGAAUAUGUUCUGCCAAGUUUUGAAGUCACAAUAGAUUCUGAACAGAACUUCUUUUAUGUUGAUGACAGGGAGCUUAAUGUUGAAAUCAGUGCCAGGUACUUAUAUGGAAAAUCUGUUGAAGGAAGUGCAUAUGUUCUGUUUGGAGUGCAACUGGAUGAUAAAAGGAUAAGCAUCACGGAAUCCCUGAAGAGAGUCCCUGUUGUAAAAGGAGUAGGAACAGCAACGUUAACCAGAGAUAUUCUUUUAAGGAGGUUUUCAAAUAUCUUUCAGCUUGUAGGACAUUCGAUCUAUGUAAUUGUAACAGUUCUGACAAAUGCAGGAAGUGACAUGGUGGAAGCAGAAAAAAAAGGAAUUCAUAUUGUAACCUCUCCAUAUAAAAUUCUAUUUACAAAAACUCCAAAAUAUUACAAGCCUGGAAUGCCUUUUGACCUGAUGGUCUAUGUAACAAACCCAGAUGGUACUCCAGCUAUUGAAAUUCCUGUGGCAGCACAUCCAGGCCAAUUUAGAGGAAUAACAAAUGCAGACGGAACUACAAAGCUAGUUGUAAAUACACCAGGCACUCGUCAAGACUUAGUUAUCAUGGUAAAAACUGAAAGUCAACAAUUGCGUUCAGACCAACAAGCUACAGCCACCAUGACAGCACGUCCGUACAGAACAAAAGGCAAUUCUAAUAACUAUCUACACAUUGGUGUGGCCACAACUGAGAUAACUCCAGGCGAAAACAUCAACAUUAACUUCAACUUGAAGAAUGAUCCAGGCAUUGAGCAGAAUAUACAGUACUUUACUUAUGUGAUCAUGAGCAAAGGAAAAAUUAUUAAAGGGGGACGGCAACCCAGACAAACAGGACAAACCCUUGUGACUAUGUCCUUAACUGUGACUACAGAUUUUAUUCCCUCCUUCCGAAUCAUAUCCUAUUAUACUAUGAACACACCAGGAGGAAGAGAUGUAGUUUCUGACUCUGUAUGGAUAGAUGUGAAAGACACCUGCCUAGGAAUGCUACAAGUGAAACCGGCUGAGGACAGAGGCAAGCUAAUUCAAGAGCCAGGAAAACAAAUAAAGCUGAAGGUGACUGGAGAUCCGGGGGCCAGGGUGGGACUUGUUGCUGUGGAUAAAGGUGUUUUUGUCUUGAAUAAGAAAAACAAGAUGACCCAAGCAAAGAUCUGGGAUGUGAUUGAAAAAAAUGACAUCGGCUGCACACCUGGUGGAGGGCUGAAUAAUAUUGGGGUGUUUUCUGAUGCCGGAUUGGCAUUCCAUUCGAGUGCUCAAAUUUCAACAGAGUCUCGUGCAGCUUCAGACUGUCCAGCACCAGUAAAGCGAAAGCGUCGCUCUGUUGUGUUAAUGCAUGCCAAAGGUGAUAAAGCAAGCAAGUACCACGACAACCAUCAACUGAAGAAAUGCUGUGAAGAUGGAAUGCAUGAAAACCCGAUGGGUCAUUCCUGUGAGCAGAGGGCGGAGUAUAUCAUUGACGGACAGCCAUGUGUGGAUGCAUUUCUUGACUGCUGCAACCAUAUCAGCAAACUCAGAAAGGAAAAGGAAACUGAUGUUUUAGUGGCUGCAAGAAGUGAAGAAGAAGAUGAGUACAUGUCAGAAGAAGAUAUAACAUCUAGAACUCAGUUCCCUGAGAGCUGGCUGUGGGAUGUCAUAUCAUUACCUGCUGUUCCCAAUGACAAAAGACACAGUUCAGUUGUGCUGGAGAAUGUCUAUUUGAAAGAUUCCAUUACUACCUGGGAAGUACAAGCUGUUAGUGUGUCACCUCAAAAAGGUAUAUGCGUUGCAGAGCCUUAUGACAUCAUAGUGAUGAAGGAUUUCUUCAUCGACCUUCGCCUGCCCUACUCAGCUGUACGGAAUGAACAAAUAGAAAUUAAAGCAAUUCUUUACAAUUACUCCCCAGACGAAAUCACAGUGAGAGUACAGCUGUUAUACAAUCCACUAAUAUGCAGCGUAGCAACAGCGAACACAAAAUAUUUCAAGGACUAUAAAAUUCAAGGCGAGUCUUCUGCAUCUGCGCCAUACGUCGUUAUACCGCUAACACUAGGAGAAGUGGAAAUAGAAGUGAAAGGUUCUGUCAGGGGAAAGUUUGUAUCUGAUGGUAUCAGAAAGAAACUGAGAGUUGUUCCCGAAGGAAUGAAGAUACAGAAGAACAUAAAAAGUGUUGUUUUGAACCCAACCUCAGCAGGAAGAGAUGGAAAGCAAGAGAUACUGGUGGAGGCCAUUGACAUGAAAAAUGUUGUUCCAGACACUGAACCCGAGACAUUCGUCAGUGUUAAAGGAAACCCUGUUGCUGAAACCAUUAUCAACUCCAUAGAUGGGGCAAAUCUGAAGCAUCUCAUUCAAGUGCCAAGUGGCUGUGGGGAACAGAACAUGAUGUCAAUUACCCCAGCUGUUAUUGCAACACAUUACCUGGAUAACACCAAUCAGUGGGAAAAAAUAGGAGUGGAUCGCAGAACAGAAGCCAUCAAGUAUAUAACACAAGGUUACACACAGCAGCUAUCCUACCGACAGCCGUCUGGCGCAUAUGCAGCUUUUCUUAAAAGACCACCAAGCACUUGGCUCACAGCAUACGUUGCAAAAGUCUUUUCCAUGGCACAUCGAGUUAUUGCAAUAGAUCCCCAGGUAUUGUGUGGGGCUGUCAAAUGGCUGAUUCUAGAGAAGCAGAAGCCAGAUGGAAUCUUUAAGGAGGAUGCACCAGUUAUGGCAUCAUCAAUGACAGGUGGCUUCCAAGGGGCAGAACCAGAGGCAUCAUUAACAGCAUUUGUACUGAUUGCAAUGUCUGAGGCCAGAGACAUCUGUAAUAAGCUUGUUGGUAGUUUAGAUGGAAGCAUUAGAAAAGCUACCGAUUACUUGAGUUUGCGAUAUGAAACACUAAGGCGGCCGUACACUAUAGCAAUCGUGUCAUAUGCACUGUCACUGCAAAACCAACUCAAGACAGACACCACUCUGAUGAAGGCUUCUACAACCAAGACUCAUUGGAAAGACCACGAUUCGGACCAGCACACCAUUGAAGCUACUGCCUAUGCUUUGCUCACCCUGACUAAACUCCAGAAGUUUGAACUUGCUGCUCCUGUUGCAACAUGGCUAACAGAAAAGAGAUUCUAUGGAGGUGGAUCAGGGUCCACUCAGUCAACAAUUAUGGUUUUCCAAGCCAUCGCUCAGCAUGCUGUUGAUGCAACUCACACGAGGGAUUUUGAAUUAGAUGUUUCCAUCGCCUUACCUGGUCGAAGCAAACCUGUUGCCAUAAGAAUCAAUCAAGGAAAUGCUUUUCUGGGAAGAUCUGAAAGAACUAAGCUCAAUCAAGAUUUCAAAGUGGUGGCCACGGGCACAGGACAAGGAACUCUCAAUGUAAUGACAGUUUAUAAUGAAAUUGUAAAGGAGGAGAAAAAGAAGUGCAAGAAUUUUGAUCUGCGUGUGACUGUUGAAGAAGAUGAUUUAGCUGACAAACCAGAAGGAAUUUACAGCACGGUCUACAUCACCAUCUGCACAAGGUUUCUUGGGGAGAUUCCUUCAACUAUGACAAUUCUGGAUGUUACUCUGCUCACUGGCUUUUCAGCAGACCUCAACUACCUUAAACGGCUCAACAGUGGAGUUGACAAAUAUAUAUCAAAGUAUGAAAUCAACAAAGAACUUUCUGAUAAAGGAUCCCUCAUUCUGUACUUGGAUAAGAUUUCCAACAAAAGAGAUGAAUGUUUGAAGAUUAAAACAGACCAGAUAUUCAAAGUGGGCGUGCUUCAGCCUGCCUCUGUUACAGUAUAUGAAUAUUACAACAAUGACAACCGAUGUACCAAGUUCUACCAUCCAGAUAAGGAAAGUGGUCUUCUGAGCAGAAUUUGUCUAGGUGAUAUAUGCAAAUGUGCUGAAGAAAACUGUGGUUUGCAAAGGAAAUAUGAGAAAUCCAUCACUGUCUUAAAUCGAAUUGAUGAGGCCUGUGACCCAAAAAUUGACUAUGUCUAUAAAAUCAAGCUUCUUAGUCAGAACAAUUCUGCAAGCUAUGAUUACUACAGAAUGGAGAUUGUGGAUAUCAUCAAAGCAGGGAGUGACGAAGCACAGAUUGGAUCACAGAAGACUUUCAUCACUCACUCAAACUGCAGGGAGUCUCUUAACUUCAUGGUUGGCAAUCAUUAUGUGAUCAUGGGACAAAAAGAUGACCUCUGGAAUUUACAAAACAAGGUGACUUACGUUAUUGGCAAAAAUUCAUGGAUCGAGUGGUGGCCAAAUGAUGUUGAAUGCCAAGACAGCAAACAUCACAAGAAGUGUACAGAUCUCCUAGAGUUUAGUGAAAAUAUCAUCAGUUUCGGUUGUCAGUUCUAGCCACUGUUUACAUUUCUGGCAGUUGAAAUGCUUUGUUCAGACUGAAUAUGAAAAGAAAAUGUACUUCAGCCUGUCUUAAGAAGCAUGCCUUACAUAUCACUUACAUUCAGUAAUACAAAUGCAUUUCAUAAAGCAAGUUCUUUGCACUAAUCUGACAAAAGUACAAUCAAUAUCUAAUCAUAUUCAGUAUUCUGAUAACAGUGUACUUUAAAUAAAAAUAAUAUUUUUAUCAGUCA